AUGCCUCAGUUAAGUAUGGAACAACAAAAAAAGCAUUUUCCAGACGAAGAAAUCAAUGAUGAUGUGAAACAAAGGUUGUCCGAAGUAUAUCCAUUUUUUUCAAAGUAUCGUAACUCAGAUCGAGGAAUAUGGAAAGUUUUCAAUUAUUACGAUGAAAACCUGAAUAUGGUUAGUUUUAUAGAUGAUCUUAUGAAAUAUCCGAUAUUGAAUACAGAGAUGAUUUCUCAUAUUAUAUGGAAUUAUAAGGAUUCUUCGCUGAUGAGACAAAUAUUGUUGAUGGACCUUUUUAAACUAGUCAUACAAAAGAAAUAUGAACCCGCGUUACGAUUCCUAACGAUCUUUGGUGCGGCGAAGAGGACUUCGUUAUCUGUUUCCACUAUGGUUGGAUUCAUAGAGAGUCAACAAGAUAAAAUGCUAGAUAGAGAGUUACAGUCACUUCUCUGUAAUGCAAUUGUUAGACAAGCAUUGCAAAGUGGUGAAACAACACUAGCAGUGUCAUUUAUUUUCCAGAUGGGUGAGUUGAACUUGAAAGUUUCUAAAACGAUGGUAAACCUAGUUUGCCAGACAUUGUGCAUUCCGAAUAAAACCCAAGAAGCGUAUAAUGCUUUUUUCCUUCUGAAACUUGUGUUAAAGUUCCCUUUGUUCAAGUAUUUAAGAUAUCUGGAAGCCAUGAAAGUUUUGGAUUAUCUUUCCAGUAAAACAAACUUGAAUGCACAUGCAUAUUUAUUUUAUAACAAGGUGAUUCAGAGGUACACUAAGUUGAGAGAAGUUCAUAGGAUCGAAUCGUAUUUUGGAGGACUCUUCAACCUCAUACUGCAGAACAUUCAAGUUCUGAAUAUUAAAAGAGCAAAUGGUAUAUGGCUUUCUUGGAAAGAUUUAUUGCUUGCUCAGGAAGAUAGAACGAUAGAUUUUAACUGCAUCAUAAGGUUAAUUGAAGCCAACGAAGACGAUAUAGAAAACCAGCGGAAAAUAAUAGAAAGCUUGCCCACCAAAUUAAUAGAAUCAAACGAAGUCUUAUUUGAUUUCUUCAUAAAGUACUACGGUACCCAUUACACAGCAUAUGGUAAGGAGUUUGAUGGGUAUGUUCGAGAUUUAAAACCACCAUUGAGACGACUGACAAUUUCACUGCUUUUUCUAGGGUUUUUAUCCCAAAACAACGAAGUUGGAUCUGAAAGGUUGUUGCAGUUGAUUCUUAAAUCGCCAAACGGUCUCAAUAAGUUUGAGUUCGAAGCCAUUAUUAAAAAGUUACUUACGCAAGGAAGUAUCGAACAAUGUAUAAAAAUGUGCCACCGGACUGAUAUCCAAGUUUCUCUGCUUGGAUACAUCAGAAUAUUACACCAUUUGAUGUUAUUUGAGUCAGAUAGUUCUUUGACUGAGAAGCUCAUACCGAUUGUGAUUUCCAAGUUCAAUCUGAUUCAUCAAGGAGAUAGUCUGUUACUGGCAUUGACUGAGACGAUAUUUAAUUACAUUUCCGAUAAGGUUAGUAAUCGUGCUUCACGAUCCUUGUUUAUUAGACUUUUCAAGUCAUCACAGGAUAAACAAAUGAGUAGAGUUUCUGGCGGAUUUAUUACGUUAGAAAAAUAUGGCUUGCCCAACGAGUUAGUACGGUUGUUAGAUGUUGAGCACGAUACAGUUCGCAUUCUCCGGGUUAUAUUGGAUUUUAGUAUCGUGGAAGAAGAUAUGAUUACAUUAAGAUGGGCAAUUGAUCAGAUGAGAUUCCAAAAUGUGUCAACAAGGGACAUAAUUGCAUAUAUUAUGAAAACCAACGACAAGUUCGCUGCCAGAGUUUUUGAGGAGAGUUUGAUUGCAUCAUGUAAAUAG